AACACUCCCAGAAAGCAGAGGGGGGUUUUUUUUUUCUCAUAAACACAGCAAUUUCUUCACGUACGGUCAACAUCAUCAGAGCUUUUCGCCAGCCUCGCUAACUCCUCUUGCAAUCGACAUUGUUCGGAAAUCGAUUUCAAGCAAAGACGACAGUCAGAUCCAACAUGUCUAUUCGCGCCGCUGUCGUCAAAGCCUGGGGUAAUGCGCCUGUAUACGACAGUAUCGACCUCCCCGCGCCCUCUGAAGACCAGUUCCGCGUCAAAGUCCUCGGUGCUGGCGUCCAUACCCUGGUGCGGUCUCGCGCCGCUGGAAAGCACUUCUCCAUGGCCGGCAAGAACCCACCUCAUGUUCCAGGCACUGAUGGCGUCGGAUCCAUCGAUGGAACCAACCAGCUCGUCUAUUUCAAUGCUCUCUUGUCACCCACAGGAUCGCUUGCGAAAGAGAUCAAUCUGGGAAAGCGCGACGUGUUUCCCCUGCCCGAGGGCGCGGACCCUGAUACAAUUGCUGUACUUGUCAAUCCAGCCAUGAGCUCGUGGAUGGCCCUCACAGCCCGAGCGGGCAUCCAGCCUGGAAGCAACGUGAAGGUGGCAAUCAUCGGUGCCACGGGCGUAAGUGGCCAAACCGCGGUACAGAUCAGCAAGGCAUUUGGAGCGAGCGAGAUCGUUACUAUCGGGAAGCCAGGACUCAAGCUGGAGAAGACAAAGGAGCUUGGAGCCACUGCCUUGAUCCCUCUGGCUGAAGACCUGACCGAGACCAACUUCUCUGCUGCUGCCGAUGUCGAUGUGGUUCUGGACUACCUCUGGGGAGAUGUUUCCUCAGCCGCCUUCGCCGGGAUCAUCAAUGCUCGUAAGAACAAAAGCCAACGGCUCAACUGGGUGGAGAUCGGAUCUCUAGCUGGCGAGACACAACCCAUACCAGCGAGUCUUCUGCGUUCGGCAAAUGUAGCCUUACUUGGCUGUGCACCCGGCAGCUGGACUUUCCCGGAACUCUAUGGUCAGCUGCCAGGGAUGUUGGAGGCGCUUGUGAAAGGAGCAGUCAAGACGGACUUCGAAGUGAAGAAGCUUGAAGACGUGGAGAGCUGGUGGAACGAAAAAGGUGGCGCUAGACCGCUCGUCAAGCUGUAAUUGAUGGAUGCAGGUCUUCAUUCAUUGUCCUCUUGUGGGUAGAUGCGUACUAAGCUGUCCAUGGUCAUAGAAAAUCACGAUGCACGAUGAGAUUACCAAAAUCAAACAAUGCACCCAGAUCUGGGAACCCAAGAAUCCAUAACCCUCUUAGCAGUUCCUUAGCUUUAUUUGAACGUCAAGGCUUUGGACCUCCCUUGACGUAUCGCGUGUUCGUGAUAGACGCCGCGUCCCUCACUUUACGUGGGCCAGACUUCCUGCAACACCAGCCAUCGCAAGCGAUGCGGCCUCAAACGAUGAGUCACAUCAUUUAGACCAUUGUCAUU